AUGAGUGAAGAAAGCGUGCUGAACCAGAAGUAUGAGGUCAAGAAGGAGCUCGGCAGAGGGGCGUUCUCUGUUGUGAAGCUGGGCGUGAACAAGAAGACGAAGGAGAAGGUGGCCAUUAAGGUCAUUGAUCGAUCCAAUGUCGGAAAGGACUACGAGAAGAACCUUCUCAUGGAGAUGGAGAUCUUGCAGAGGGUGCACCAUCCCAAUAUUAUUCAGCUGCACGAGAUGAUCGAAGAAGACAACAAAAUCUACUUCGCGAUGGAGCUGGUGACCGGUGGCGAGCUUUUUGAUCGUAUCGUGGAGAAGGGUUCCUACACCGAGGAGGAUGCCAAGGUCCUCGUCCGCAAAAUCGUGAGUGCCAUCGAGUAUCUGCACGACAUGAACAUUGCCCACCGCGACUUGAAGCCCGAAAAUCUUCUCGUGAAGAGCAUUGCCGAUGACACCGAGGUCAAAAUCGCUGACUUUGGCCUGUCCAAAAUCAUCGACGAGCAGAAGAUGAUGCAGACCGCCUGCGGAACCCCCGGUUACGUUGCCCCGGAGGUGCUCAACGCCGAGGGCUACGACAAGGAGGUCGACAUGUGGAGCAUUGGCGUGAUCACCUACAUUUUGCUUUGCGGAUUCCCCCCGUUCUAUGCCGAAACGGUGCCGGAGGUGUUCGAGCAGAUCCUCAAGGCCGAGUACGACUACCCCGAGGAGUACUGGGGCGAGAUCUCUGCCGAGGGCAAGGACUUCAUCAACCAUCUGCUGGUGGUGGACCCCAAGGACAGACUCACGGCCAAGCAGGCGCUCGAGCACAAGUGGCUGCACUCGAAGGGCAAGGAGAAGAAGAAGACGAAGCUGGCCAAGUUCCAGGAGAAGAUGAGGAAUUACGUGAGCUUGAGGAAGCAGCAGUCCAAGGCCAACCACACGGAACUGGGCAACUAA